AUGUCCCAUCAGACAGGCCGCUUUGGAAGUUUGCCAUUUUGCUGCGAGCUUCAUGAUGGCUCUAGCGUAUAUGCUAGAUUUCUGGUGUCACAAACUACAAGAUUGUCUCGAGGAAUUCGCAAUACCAUUCUUCUGAAUGUAGUUUUAAAGAAGACGACAAUGCUUCAAUUGGCGGACUUCACUCACACAGAACAUAUUAUCUCCGCCGACGUUAAUGUCUCCAGAACAUUGGAACAUUUGAUGCAGCUAGGUAUUGCCCAACCUCCUUUUACUCAUGUCUCCAUCUCUCAAUGGGCCCAAUGGCAUAACUUGUACGAAAAUGAGAACGAAAACGAGAACAUUUCCGUAGAUUCCAUCCUCAUGAGUUCCUUCCUUCCAUCUCCACACGUUCACAUGAAGUACAUUGCCAUUUUCCGCUAUUCUCAAUUUGCAAGUAUCAUAAAUCUUGAUAAAGUCCCAAUAAUAAACCCCGGUAGUCACCUAAUUAUAGAAACCAUGCAAUGCAUGCGACGUUCACAGAUAGGCGAGAUAUUCAAUCACAUCACGUUAUAUGAUGAGCCAAUGAGGAAUGAAUAG